AAAAACAUGUAAGCAUCAUUUUAAUGAUCUAGGUGGUCUACGUGGAGUUCAUUUAAACCUUUAUACUCAUACUUUAUAAUGCUGGGUAAUCACUACAAUGUGUUGAGGCAGUGUUUGUAGUAACUAGUAAUAAUGUAAAGAAGUGUGAUGGAGAAAAAACAUUUCCCCAUAAAUUAAAAAAACAAACAAACAUUAAGCAGCUAAAAUGGAAAUAUUCAAGUAAAGAACAAGUGCCUCAGAGCUGAAUUUAAGAGGACUUGAGUAGAUGUACUACAUUACUUUCUGUACUGUAUUAUGUACAAACUGUGCAGUCAGUGGUGGAGUAAGCACUCAGAUCCUUUACUUAUACUCGAUUACAAGUAAAAUUCCUGCAUUCAAAAUCCUACUAAAGUACUCAAGUAUAAUCAGCAAAAUGUACUGAAAGUAUCAAAGUAAUCUAAGUAAUCUAAGUGUCCUGUGAAUUCUCUCUGACAUGAUCACAUCAUUAAUCCUGACUCCUCUGGUUUAACUAUGUCACAAAUAUAAGUUCAGUGGUUCUCAACCUAGGGGUCAGGCCCCCACAAAGAGUCACCACAUAAAUAUGAGGGGUCUCGAGAUGAUUAACAGGAGACCAAAGAAGAAAAACUGUGUUUUGCCUUCAGUUUUCAGUUUUCUUUGCUUUUUUGGUAAAAUCUUGGAUAAUAUCAGCUGUUUCCUGACUCAGUGUGUAUUCUUCAUAUUCUCAUAUUCAUAUUCAUAUUCAUAUUCAGUCCCUCACAGACUACUGAAACGUGAUGACUGGAUCUCAACUGGACACAAAGGUUCCAACAAUCUCUUCAUAAACUUUUUAAUGUAAAAUCUUGAUCGGAAAAGUAACUAGUGGAGUAAAAAGUACAAAAAUAGAAAAUAACAACUUCAAACUUUCAAGUAAAGUAAAAGCAGCCUACAGUACUUGAGUAAAUGUAACUCCAGUUACUUUGUAACACUGAGCGCAGCCGCUGGUAAUUUGAUCCAGAGACUCAGUGUGUAUUUGCUGUGGUUUUUUGGAGGGGCAGUUUCUUUGUUUGAGAGUCCGGCUCCAACAAAUCCUCUAAGACCAGUCCGCGGUAAUGAACAUUAAACUCUCCCUCCGUGUGGACUCGGAGUCAUCUGAACGAGUCAAGUGACAUCAUGUCCUCAUGGAAAUAUGGCCCGGUGAGGCCCCUCCCUGUCCCGGUGACAUCAGCCGGAGCUCGGCUGCUCUCCUCCAGGAGGACACGGUAGACCCGCACAUACACAUCCAGCGCCACCGCCGGGGAGGGAGCUCGACGGGAAAACUGCGCCUGCUCCGCUAUUCUCGCUUUUUUCAUGGGACAAAACAAGACUUCUCCUGUGCCAGAGAUCAUGGGAGGCUGUUGACAUCCGACUUGGCCACUGGUUAAAGGAAACCCACUAGAGUAGCCUGAACACACCAGCUGGUGCACAGUGACGGGUCUGAACAUGGCUGCCCAUCGAAUCAGAGCCACCACCAACAACAACACUUCUCUCCCUCGCUGCAAGUCCGAGGGGACGCUCAUUGAUCUCAGCGAAGGAGUGUCAGAAGCCAGUCUCACUGAUGUCAAAGUGCCUUCUCCCAGUGCCUUACGACUGGAUGCAACUGCCUCCUUCGGCGCUGCCAGGGAAGUCGUUGCCAUAAAGGACUACUGCCCAUCCAGCUUCACCACCCUGAAGUUCUCUAAAGGGGACCGUCUCUAUGUUCUGGACUCGUCAGGAGCAGAGUGGUGGUACGCCCACAAUAACACAGAGAUGGGUUACAUCCCUGCAGCUUAUGUGCAGCCCAUCAACUACAGAGACUCGUCCUUCAGUGACAGUGGGAUGAUUGACACUGUGGGAGACUGUAAUGAGGAGGCAGCCAAAGAAAUGGACCUUUUAGGAGAGUGGGCAGGAGUGAUUCUGAAACCAACCACCUUCCAAAACGGAAAUCCUUUUGCAACAACCCAUACCUCUACAAACCCCUUCCUAAAUGGGGGUCCUCAGAGCUCCCUUGAUCAGAACAGUAAUGAGAAAUCAGUCGACCUCCUUCUGUUUGACACACUCACUUCAUCAGUUCCCAACUCCACCAGCAGCACUGCCGACAUCAACGGUUUUGGCAGUGGCAUUUUUAACUUGAGCCCUCUUAGUCCCACUGUUGGGGUGGGGCAGACGUUGCGCAGGGACAACCCAUUUUUUAGAAGCAAGCGGUCCUACAGUCUGUCUGAGCUGUCGAUCCUGCAGGCUCAGUCCGACGCCCCUCAGGCCUCCACUGGUUUCUUCGGAGGCCUGAAAGCACCGGCGCCAGAGCAGUUCCAGAGUAGGGAGGAUUUCCGGACGGCAUGGCUUACCCACCGCAAGCUGGCCAGGUCCUGCCAUGACUUGGACUCACUGGGUCAGAACCCAGGCUGGGGCCAAACGCAGCCGGUGGAAACCAACAUCGUCUGUCGCCUGGACAGCUCAGGAGGUGCUGUCCAGCUUCCGGACACCAACAUCAGCAUCCACAUACCUGAGGGCCAUGUGGCCCCGGGGGACACCCAGCAGAUCUCAAUCAAAGCUCUGCUCGACCCACCGCUGGAGCUGAACAAUGAUCGCUGCACCACUGUCAGCCCUGUGGUGGAGAUCAAACUCAGCAACAUGGAGACCAAAACCACCGUCACCCUGGAGAUGAAAGUUUCCGUCGUGGUGAAAAUGGAAAGCAGGCAGACAACAGAAGUCCUGUGUGUCAGGAGUGAUUGUAAAGAGGGACCUUACACUCCCAUUCCUCAGGCCUACAUGUACGGGGACACAGUUCAGGUGUGCCUGGAUAACCUUGAACCGUGCAUGUAUGUGUGUGUCGUGGCUCAGUCCCAGUCCAUAUCUCCAGACUCCACCGUUUGGGAGCAGGUGGUUAAAAAGAUCACCUUGGGAGUGUAUGGUCCCAAACAUAUUCACCCGUCCUUCAAGACAGUUGUGGCUAUGUUUGGCCAUGAUUGUGCCCCAAAGACACUAAUGGUGGGUGAGGUCGGCAAGCAGGCGCAGUCUGCACCACCAGUUGCACUGCAGCUCUGGGGUAAACACCAGUUUGUCUUGUCCAGACCGCAGGACCUCUGUGUUGGAGUUUACUCCAACAUGGCCAACUAUGAGGUAAAGGCUAGUGAGCAGGCCAGAGUAGUCCGGGGCUUCCAGGUUAAACUAGGCAAAGUCAGCAGGCUUGUCUAUGUCAUUGCCUCACGCAACGCUGAAGAUGUUUCUGAUUUCACCUUAAGAAUCCAGGUCAAAGACGACCAAGAUUGUAUACUUGCUCAGUUUUGUGUCCAGACACCAACACCACCACCCAAAGCAGGUCCAAAGACAUCAGUGCAACGGCGCUUCCUGAAGAAGAAGGAAGUCGGCAAGAUACUCUUGUCUCCUCUUGCCAUCGCCACCAAGUACCCUGUUUUCCAGGACAGGAGGAUAAACAACUUGAAGUUUGGAAAAUUAAUCAAAACUGUCAUCCGCCAAACAAAAAAUCAGUACUUGCUUGAGUACAAAAAAGGAGACUUUGUAGCUCUGUUGAGUGAGGAGAAAAUCAAGCUGAAGGGCCAGCUGUGGACAAAAGAAUGGUACAUUGGAUAUUAUCAGGGCAGAAUGGGACUGGUCCACGCAAAGAACGUGCUAGUGGUUGGCAAAGUGAAGCCCAUUUACUUCAGCGGGCCUGACCUUACGACAUCGUUGCUUCUGGAGCAAAUACUGAAGCCCUGCAAGUUCCUAACAUACAUCUACGCCUCAGUAAGAACUAUACUGAUGGAGAACAUCGGCAACUGGCGAGCAUUCGCAGACGCCCUUGGAUAUGUCAACCUGCCCUUGACGCAUUUCUGCCGCGCAGAGCUGGACAGCGAACCUGAGAGAGUUGCAUCGGUGCUGGAGAAGCUUAAGGAGGACUGCAACAAUACAGAGAGCAAAGAGAGGAAGUCCUUCCAGAAAGAACUCCUGACAGCUCUGUUGAAGAUGGACUGUCAGGGCCUCGUGGCCAGACUGGUCAUGGACUUUGUUCUCCUGACCACGGCUGUGGAGUUGGCCGGGCGCUGGAGGGAGCUGGCCGAGAAGCUCGCUAAGGUUUCACGCCAGCAGAUGGACGCUUACGAAGCGCCACACCGUGACAAGAACGGGGUGGUGGACAGCGAGGCCAUGUGGAAGCCGGCGUAUGACUUCCUGGUCACGUGGGCCGCUCAGAUCGGUGACAGCUACAGGGAUGUGAUCCAGGAGCUGCACAUGGGCCUGGACAAGAUGAAGAACCCCAUCACCAAACGCUGGAAACACCUGACUGGCACACUCAUCCUGGUCAACUGCCUGGACGCCCUGCGGAGCUCCGCCUUCAGCCCCGCCGCUCAGGACGACUACGCCAUCUGAACUUUCCUUCAUGACUCCAUAUCAGUCCUGCCGGUGUUUUCGAACACCAGCUCACCUCGCUCGCUCCUCUGGAGCAUUAGAAAAGUUACACAGUGUGAAAUGCUGCAUAUCAGCCGUCUGCUCACUCUGAACGCCACUACUGCUGUCGUAUAUGGUUGUUUUGUUCCUGCGGCGCUGCCUUCAGGUCCUCGUGCCCAGGGGAUCAUCACCGGACUGCCCCCACGUCUCCGCCAAACAACACAGUGCUGUAUGGAGCUCGCAGUAUUCACAAAGACUCUUUUAAUAGUUGCUGUCUUGCAUAGUUAUGUAUUUUUGUACUCUUAUUAUGGCACAGCAUUUUUUAAAGCAACACUUUGAACCCCUUUGGUUUAGAACUGUGGAUUGAACGCCAAGAAAGACACUUUUUCAAGAAAAGACACUUUUAGAUAUUGUUUCCUUGUUAUCGUAGCCUUGUCAUGUGUCAAAUCUGUUCUAUUUAUUUGUACAUCAAAGAGAGAAGUCACUGUUUCUUCUCUUCUUCAGGUUCUCUCUCUCUGUGGUCCUUCUCAUUUCAGAGAUCUGGAUAUUCAGCUGUCAGUCUGCGUUUUUUAAGGCGCUGGCACUGAAGAAAACAGGAUAAUUUAUUACUCUUGCACACCCAAGUUUUAAUCAAGCUGUAAAAUGAUUGCUGAAACGAUGAGUCAUCUUAAUCAUUUUACUGAAAAUUCAUCAACAACAGAUUUUGAUAGAGUCUUAACUGAUUAAUUGUUUGCAGCAAAAGCUGGGUUUUGGACUGUCGGACAAAACAAAGACUGAAAAUAUCAUUCGAAAAUUGCAAUAGCCAUUAAACUGUUAUUGUAUGAGGCUGACAGAUUACUCCUGACCUUAUCAACAGCCACUUACAAAACAGUCUCAACUCAGGGUCCACUUUCUCACUCUGCUCUUGUACUCUUGUACUUUUUUUUGCCUUUAUUUGGACAGGACAGUGGAGAGAGACAGAGCAGGAAAGAUCCGGGAGUUGAACCAGGGACCAACUCAUCAGCAGUUUUUUGCUCAGAUGUAAUGAAACUGUAGGUGGUCAGACUUGUAGGACGAGGGCGUCCAGAUGAUUCAUGGCAGGGGUCACGUAUAGAAUGAGGCUUUUAAUAUGGACUCUGGUAGAGACUUAUAAGAUCUUAAUAAAACACUUCUAAGCACUGUGUCCUGUGCACUUGGGUUUUGCAGUAAGAUGAUUUUGUAACUAUUAAAUCUCACUCAGCAGUAAAUAUCACUCCUAAUAGGAACAGUGAUGCUGGGCUUUGGACUGAAGAGUCGCUGCCAGGUCUUGUAGUUGAGAUUCAUCACUGAGUCAGAGAAAAUGUCUGCUCGUGUAUGUAUAUGGAGCCAAAUAAGCUGAGCAUCCUCUUGGCACGGUGCCUCGUCUGGGAGAUUCUGGACUUGUCCAGACCCCUGUAGUACUGCUGGUGCCGACUUCACAGAGUAUCAUCACAUCACAUUUUGAUAACCACAUGUCCUGCAGUUCUCCCUGCACAUCAACAAAGAUAGAGUCUAGGAACAGGUUCACAUCCUUCUGGAUGGCAGCCUAAUCUUGAAAGUGCUGGUUAAAUUCAGUGAUCCGUGAUGCGUCACUGAUUUGCCUCAAAAAGACGAAGCUUUGCAACAAACGAUUUCAUUUGUGUAAAUAUGUGCAACAAAAUCUUCUUCCUCAAAAAGUUUUGUUCAACAUGUUCAGAUAGACAGAGAACAACUCAAGAACCGAGGUCUGCACCCAGUCAGGGCUGCUCAGCUCAACAAGGCUGUGACCUUUUCCUCUCAAAAACUGUCCCACAGCUGAAGCCAGCACACAUCUGAAUGUCCAGGUUGUAUUAUGCAUCAGUUUCUUAAAGGAAAGCUCGAAACUCCCAGUGAUUUAACCUUCUUGGUCAGAUGAGAUUAAUCGUUCUCACCAUGGUAUCCACCCAGCUGCUUCCUGGUGAUACUGACACCUAGUGUUCAAUGACUGCAUUGUAAUAUAGUCAGCAAGCCAAAUAUAAUUUUAGUCAUAUAAAUUAGUGUUUCCAGCUCGACUGUACAACUUUCAUUGUUUAAAAGCUCCAGAAGGAGUGAGUGAGUAGACCUUGAGUUGAGAUUGUUUUCUUAUCAAUUAAUUUGUUUAAUUUUUGAUUAAUCAAUUAAAAUAUUUUUCCAGCUGUAUCCUCCAAAGAACAGCUGAAGCUUAACCACUCUUUGCUGUCUCCUGCCUGUUUUUCUUUUGUCCUUUAAAAAUACUCUUUAACCAAAGCUUGCCAAAAAUGAAUACAACUCUACACAGCUGACCUUGUACCAUGUUGAGACCACUGUUGCAACGACACUGUCUGUCAAAGCUUUUGGUUAGGGUUUGUCUCAGUGCUGCAUACUGUAUAAUGUGGUAGUAACACAUCCAGUGGUGACAUUGAAAAGCUUUUUGUGACUGCAUACUUUUGUGGAAAAGACUCUAAAUAAAAUGUAAAUAUUUGUACACACCA